AUGAGCCUCGAUCUCAAGCACAUUCCCUGCCCAGCCGGCAAUAGCUGCACCGCUUUCAAAUGCAUCUUUGGCCAUCAAAGGGACAUCAAAGCCCCAAAUGUCAAAACUCCGCAAGUCAAUGACGCACAGCAAUUCAAGGCAGUGAAAGACACCGGACCGCCAAGAAAACGCGCGAAGGUGGAUGAUGCACCAUCCGCAAACAAAGACCACAAGCCAGCGUCGGACGUAGACGCCCUGACAGGCAGCGUGAGGACGGCCACGAAACAAGUGUCACCACCGCCUCUGAAAAGGCCAUCGAAUGAUUCCAAAGCAAAUCAGGGACCCGAGAGCUCUUUCGCCAAAGCCUCUGCUGGGGCAGAAGCAGCCUCAAACUCGACUCCCGUUAAACCAAGAAAGAUUGAGACUUUGAAUCCUAGGCUUCUGAAAAGCUCCCCUGCCAGCCAUGAAACACGCACCAAACUAUUGUGUUUACUACAUGCCGAAUACACACGCCUCAACAAAGAGCUGAAGAAGGAUGCCACCGCCAGCGAAGAAGAAAUUGUGCUCUCAGACCAAGAUAUAAUCUUCAAAUCGCUCGAUGACGAGGAGAAGACUGCCCUGGAGAAACCUUCUGUAUACCCCAACGUCAUGAAGAACAUGGUGAUGCAGUACAAGCGUAUGAAUACUGCACAGUGGAAGGAUGAACGCAAGCAAGCUAUCGCAAAGCUAGCUCCCAAGGACAGCGGCGGGGCCAGCGCACCGAAAAACAUCGAGACUGGACUGCCCCCAGCUCUAGAGGUCCAGAUUCUGCGACGCCUGUUGACACCGAUUCAAAACCUAGCGAAUCAUGGCUAUGUGCCUUCCAUACCGGCGCCAGAAGACAUACAGAAAGCCAAGGAUGGGCAGGAAACAGCAAAAGGCUGGGAGCAGUGCGAUCGAUGCAAGCAACGCUUUCAAGUAUUCCCAGGCCGCCGCGGCGAAGACGGCGCACUCACCUCUGGCGGGAUGUGCAGAUAUCACUGGGGCAAGCAAUAUGUCCCCCUCAAGCACCCGGGGGAUCGAUCAAGGAGGGAAAAGCGAUGGAAGUGCUGUACCGAGGAAGUUGGCGAGUCAGCAGGCUGUCAUACGGAAGAUUUCCACGUCUUCAAGGCGAGCAAGGCCAACGUGCUGGCCGCAGUCAUGAAUUUCAGAGAGACACCCCCCAAUCCGUCUGCGCCUGCAGACCGAGCUGUGGCGUUUGAUUGUGAAAUGGGAUACACCGUCCAUGGUCUGGAGCUCAUCCGCCUUACCGCGGUGUCAUGGCCAGCUGGAGAGGUGCUCCUCGACGUGCUCGUACGUCCGAUCGGCGAGAUAUUGGAUCUGAACAGUCGCUUCUCUGGUGUAUGGCCAGAUGACAUGGCCCGCGCAACACCCUGGAACGAGUCGUACCCUCCGCCCUCGGCACCCGAUCAUGCAGUGUCUGAAGAUUGGGGUAGCGAAGAUGGCCAGGUUGCUAAGAAGGUCCUGCCCAUUGUUUCCUCCCCUGAAGCGGCACGAACACUUCUUUUCUCAUUACUCGCACCGUCAACACCCUUGGUUGGCCACGGACUCGAGAAUGAUCUCAACGCCACGCGUAUAAUUCAUCCAGCCUUGGUCGAUACUAUUCUGCUGUAUCCUCACAAAGCUGGACUGCCUGCUCGGAUGGGUCUGAAGCAUCUGAUGAGUUACCACCUGAACCGUCAAAUACAACAAGAAACCGGCCCGAAGAUGCUAGGCCACGAUUCGGCCGAGGACGCCAGGGCAGCCGGAGACCUCGCGAAGUUACGGGUCGUGGAAGAGUGGGAGAAGAUGCAACGGAUGGGCUGGAAGGUUGUUGAAGGUGAACUGAUCCAGUCUGAGACUUGA